GAUUUGGCAGACUUUCCUGAAAAUGUGAAGUACUGUUGGUUUUUACAGAUUUGACUGUAAAUUAUUCUAGUUCUGAAGAUUCUCUGAGAAAAGAACAAUUGCAUAAAUAGCUGUUAGGAAAUUACAGAAAGUUCAUGGACUCUGAUAAUUUAAAAUUAAGAAAUUUUUUUUUCCCUAAUAGUGAACCACAAGCUAUGUGCUACAUCGAAACAUCUAACUUAGAUGGUGAGACAAACUUAAAAAUUCGACAGGGUUUGCCACUAACAUCGGACAUAAAGGACAUAGAAAGCUUGAUGAGACUUUCAGGCAGAAUUGAAUGUGAAAGUCCAAACAGACAUCUCUAUGACUUUGUGGGAAAUAUCAGACUGGAUGGGCAUGGUACUGUUCCGUUGGGAUCUGAUCAGAUUCUUCUACGAGGAGCUCAGUUGAGAAAUACUCAGUGGGUUCAUGGAAUAGUUGUCUAUACAGGACAUGACACCAAACUUAUGCAGAAUUCAACAAGUCCACCUCUUAAAAUGUCUAAUGUGGAACGAAUUACAAAUAUUCAGAUUUUGAUUCUGUUCUGCAUCCUUAUUGCCAUGUCUUUGAUCUGUUCUAUUGGUUCAGCUAUAUGGAAUCGAAGGCAUACUGGAAGAGACUGGUAUCUUGAUCUAAAUUAUGGUGGAGCAAGCAACUUUGGAUUGAAUUUCCUGACUUUCAUCAUUCUCUUCAAUAACCUUAUUCCAAUCAGUUUGUUGGUUACGCUUGAAGUUGUUAAAUUUAUCCAGGCGUAUUUCAUAAAUUGGGACAUAGACAUGCACUAUGAACCUACAGACACUGCUGCAAUGGCUCGUACUUCCAAUCUCAAUGAAGAACUUGGCCAGGUCAAAUACAUAUUUUCUGACAAAACGGGUACCCUGACCUGCAAUGUCAUGCAAUUUAAGAAGUGUACUGUUGCUGGAGUUGCUUACGG